AUGGAGCUGCUGAUCGUCAUGAUGCUGGUAGUCGGGGCAGCUGCAGCCCCAGACUCCCAGGGAGACCGGAUCAUUGGAGGGAGAGACUGCAUCACUGGCUCCCGUCCCUACCAGGUGGCUCUCCUGAGGAACGGCCGCAUCUACUGUGGUGGGAGCCUGAUAGCCCCGAAUUGGGUGCUGACUGCUGCACACUGCCGCAUACACAAAAGCUCCCUGAAGGUGCAUCUAGGGGAUUAUAAUCUACGGGUGAAUGAAGGCACAGAACAGAUACGAAGAAUCCGCAGCUUCUUCGUGCAUCCAGAGUACAACCUCCGCCGUCAUGACAAUGACUUCAUGCUUCUGGAGUUGGAUGCGCCAGCUCAACUCAACAACUACGUGAACACAAUCAACCUGGCUACCAGUUGUCCCUCUCCUGGAACACCAUGCGUCGUGUCAGGAUGGGGCACUAUCAGGUCCCCCCAAAAUUUGUUCCCAGACGUCAUGCGAUGUGCAGAUGUCUAUAGCAUCAGCCAGGCCAGGUGCCAGGCAGACUACGGGGGCAUAAUCACAGAGAACAUGCUCUGUGCUGGUGUGGAACAGGGCGGCAUAGACUCAUGCCAGGGCGAUUCAGGAGGCCCACUGGUCUGCAAUGGGCAGCUGCAAGGCGUGGUUUCCUGGGGGUCAUCUGUCUGUGCCCUGCCAGGACGGCCUGGGGUCUAUGCCAAUGUCUGCAAAGCUGCCCAGUGGGUGAGGAACAUCAUAGGGAGGAAGUGUGCCAGAUCGGACUGAGAGCUCACAGCACAUCCCGCCUGCCACAAUAACCCACCAAACACACGCCCCAGCCACACCUCUCCUCAUCUCGCCGCAGCACCCAGGGGGUGCUGAUCUGGAUCAGACUAGGAUGGGGGCACUGC